CUCAACCAAAACCUAGAAGAAGAAGAAGAAGAGAGGAAGAAGGCAUCAAGAGAAAUGCAGAGACUCCUUUCUCUUAGAAAUGCCUCAUCAAACCUCCCCAAAAAACUCACAAGCAAUUCUUCACUUCUCCUCUCUCACCCUUAUAAAACCUUUACAAAACCAAUCCACCAGUACCAAAACCAUAUUUUAAGCUCCUCUCUGACAAUCCAUUCAUGUCAAUCAUAUUCAUACCACCAUCUUCCAGCUAAAAUUCUCCAUGGCUUUCUCUCAAAACAUUUUUUGUCCAUUUUAUCGAACACCCAUUUCAGGGUUUCAACCAAAAAUCUCACAGAUUGCAAAGUUGGCUUCUUUAUAGCUCGGUUUGCUAGAGGGUAUUCUUGGUCCAACCUAAGUCUUGGUUCUAAUCGCCGUGGCUGGAGAUCAUGGUUCAAUCGACUAUCUGCUGAUAAUGUGGUUCUGGGAUUGAUCAUAGCCAAUGCAGCCGUUUUUAUGUUAUGGAGGAUUGAAGAUCAAAAGUUUAUGAUGGAAAAUUUUAUGAUUUCAUUGGACAAUUUCAGAAGUGGGCGUAUUCACACCCUUGUUACUUCAGCAUUCAGUCAUAUUGAUAUUGGGCACAUUGCGUUUAACAUGAUUGGACUUUACUUCUUCGGGACAAAUAUUGCAAGGACUUUUGGACCUGAAUUCUUGUUGAAGUUGUAUCUAGCUGGAGCAAUUGGUGGCUCAGUGUUCUACUUGCUGCACCAUGGCUACAUGGAUUUAUCAUCGAAGGGACAGGGAAUGUGGGCGAGGGAUUCUUCAAGGACUCCAGGAUUGGGGGCUAGUGGGGCCGUCAAUGCUAUCAUGUUGCUCGAUAUAUUCUUGAAUCCAAGAGCUACUCUAUACUUCGAUUUUAUCAUACCAGUUCCAGCAAUCUUACUGGGUAUCUUUUUAAUUGGGAAAGAUGUGUUGAGGGUAAUGGAGGGAAACAGUAACAUCUCAGGAUCAGCUCACUUGGGAGGUGCUGCAGUUGCAGCUAUAGCUUGGGCUAGAAUUAAGCGAGGACGCUUCUGACUACUGGAUAAAUCUACUAAUUUCUGAUUCAAUCUCUGGUUGACCAAUAGGCAUUACUUUCCAAAUUUAUUGCGUCUUGGGUUGCACUACAUAUUGAUUGUUAGUGAUAAAUUUACCAUAUUUCCUGACACUGUUCAUGCCUUAGUAUGGUUAAGAGUUUGAAGUCUCACACUCUUCAUCUCCUUCUAUCUCCCAGUUGACAGGAAGAAAAAUAGAUGAGAAGACAAUGUGGGGUCUUCCCUCUGCUAAGCUUGAGCUGUGAAUAACUUAGUUUAUGGGGCUAGGCUUGCAAGUUUUUAGUUUUGAUUGAUAUCCAAAAUACUAGUGGAAUCUUGGCAGCUGGGAGAGACGAUUCAAUGUUAUAAAAAUAGGCCUUCCUCAUGAACAACCAGAGCAGUGCCACUCUAUUUAAUUUCUGUCAGCAAAUGAAUAGGAAAGCCAACUAAUCUAGAAGCGUGAGAAUACAGCUUCCUCAA